AAUUUAGAUUUAUUGGUAUUUUGAUAGAUUUUCAAUAAACACCAACGACCCGACACCCGUCCGCACUCGAGAGAGAAUUCUGUUAACUAACAUCCACCCGACAACACUCGAGAAAGCAGAGAGCGGUUAUGUUACGAAUUCUACAUUUUACAUGAGAAUUCGACCCCAAACAUGAGAAUUCAACUCCAAAACUGAGAACUCAACCCCAUGUAUCUGCAAACGUGUAGAAUCGUCUUUUAGAUGUGUACGGUGUAAAAUGUUAAUUCGGAAUUCAGAGUGACCAGAAGCAAAUAACAGAAAACACCAAGAAAAGCAAGCAAAAUAUCGUGGUCAUUUUCCAACAAACAGUCACUUCAGCCAUUUUGGAAAUUUUUUUGUGAAGAAGCGUCCCAGGUGAUUUCGCAGCGAAUUACGGCAAUAAAACCCCCCGAAACCCACUCUCGACGCGAAAAACAAUUGCAAGCGGGUGCAGCUGGCAAGCGAGAUGCCGCAGCGUUCUUUAAAGUGACGGCAAGACGCGAAAUUAGCGAAAUUCGGAACGGGCGAAUCAGUCGGACGUGUAUAUGUAAAACGAAAGUUGUGCUUGUCGCGAAGCGGGGAGAAAAUUUUUUGCAAGCCCGAGUCGAAGGUGAAAUGAAAAUGCAUUAGCAGCCGAAUGAAAAACCAAGCAAAAGCUGCGAAAAAGGCCAAACGAUAGCAACAAUAAUACAAGACAGCAAGCGAAAACGCUUUGUGAAAAUCGUAUACCGUGCAGUGGCGUUGUUUUUGCUUUCGCUUGCCCGCGUCUGUGUGUGUUUGUGUGCGCGCGCGUGUGUGUGCAUUGGAAUGAAUUGAGGAGCACAACAUAGAAAUACCUCAAAACAAGAACCCCCAAAGUGUAAUCGCAACGUAUUAACCAUGCUGCUGGAAGGCGGCAGCUGGUGAGCGAACAAGUAACUAGCGCUAUAAUUAGCCCGCCCACAUCUACCGCGUUCUACCGUAUCCUUCCACGCGGAUAACGCACCAUGGAUUUGGACCUGGAGCAGCUAAAGAACGACUUUCUGCCGCUGAUUACGGGCAUCAAGCAGGAGCAACUGGACACGGUGCCCGGCGAUGUGCUGCCGCAGAUGAAUCUGCAGAGCGCGGCGACAGCGGCCAGUAGCGGAGCCCCCACCACCUCCACCUCCUCCUCCAGCACCUCCUCCGUGGGCAACCCCUGCGACAGCGCCGAGAAGCGGUCGGAGUCCAACUCAUCGGCAUCCGCCAAGUUCGCACUUUUCAAGUGUGUCUACUGUGCUCAGCUCCUCGGAUCCAACGACAGACCCAAGCUGCUGGAAUGUCUCCAUGUGGCCUGUGCACAGUGCGUGAGCACAAAGUUCUCGGAGCUGGACCGCUCCCUCCCGCCAUUGAUCCACUGUCCCGUAUGUGACAAUGCCUCGCAGAACGAGUUCAUUGUGGACAAUCAGUUCCUUAUCGAACAAUGUGCCGCGGGCGAGAGCGGCGAAGGUGCAGGUGGCCUGGGGCUGACUGGGGAGGGCCAAAAGACAUCGGCGGCGGCGAGCAUCCAGUGCAGUAGCUGCUCCGAUGGAGCAGUGGCCACGUCGUGGUGCGUAGAUUGCUCGGAGUACAUAUGCGACAGUUGUGUGCAGGCACACCAGCGCCUCAAGAUCACCAAGGAUCACACGAUUAAGCCCAAAGAUGAGGCUAACAACGAGCAGCUGGCCGGAGCUGCUGGGGUGGACAAACUGCACAUGUGUCAGCUGCAUCCGCAGGAGAAACUAUCGCUCUUCUGCGAGACCUGCGACAAGCUCACCUGCCGUGACUGUCAGCUAAGCGAUCAUCGGGAUCACAAGUACAAGUUUGCCCACGAGAUUGCCACGGAGUCACGCCAGGCACUAUCCACUCUCGUCUCCGAGAUCAACUACAAGCGCUUCCUGCUCUCAUCGGCCACGAAGGUAAUUGACGACCGGCAGCAGCUGAUUCACGACAAGAAGAAGGAUCUCAUCAAGGAGAUCACCGCCAUGGCGGUGAAGAUCACCAAUACGGUGAAUACCCGUGGAAAGCAGCUCAUCAUGCGAUUGAACGAGGUUUGCGACAGCAAACUCAAGGUGCUGGUGGAGAAAAAAGAGACGUUGCAGCUGUUGUCCGACAACACAGACCACUGCAUCGACUUCAUGCAGAAUGCCCUGGAGAAGGGCAGUGACUUUGCCAUCCUCUCUAGCAAGAAGUCGUUGGUGCGCCACCUGCAGAAGCUCAAGUGUCAGCGGGCAGAUAUACCCAAUCCAGAGAUCCCAGUGCGCAUACAGGUGCAACUCAACCAGGUGUCGGAUCUGCAAAAGGUCAUCUCGCAGCUGGGCAUCAUCAUUGUGGAUGGCAAGCCCUAUCCGCCGACCCCCUCACCGAACGGCACACCUCAACCACCGCCGCGCCAGCCGCCCAGUCCGAAUAUGGCACCGCCCCUGCGCCCGGGACUUCCGCCCGGAAUGCCCGCAGGCCUCUCACCGAACGGUCCUCCCGUCAACUUUGGACCGCAGAAUGGACCGCCGCUGUACACCAACGCCGCCCAGCAGCAGUUUAACAAUCUGUCCAUGAGUCGCUCUUUUCCGGGCGAUGGGCCAGGUAAGGUGCGCUUCGGGGGAAUGCCGCCAGUGGGCAUGCAGCGACAUGGCCAGCCGCACGUGAGCUCCUCCACGCAUCCACAGAAUAUGGACAUCAGCCUGCGGGGGCUGUUGAACAACCAGGCGGCGCAGAGCCCCAACGCCCACAUGGCAUUUAAUGGCCCGCCCAGCUAUCCGGGCGGACCGCAGGGAGCACCGUCGCCGGCCCACCAGCAGAUGGGCCCCCAAAUGCGGCCGCAUUUCAUGCCCGGCCAACAGGGUUUCUCGCAGGGCGGUGGUCCGGGAGGCGGGCCCCGGGACGCCAAUUUCAUGAGCAGCAAUGCGCGUUUCCAAUCGCAGUACCAGCGCAUGGCCAGCCACGCCCAGCAGGCGGCGGCCGCAGCGGCCAUGGCGGGAGCGGCGGGAGGUGGCGGCGGACAGAUACCCUCGCCGGGCGCACUGCAGCGCCCCCAAAUGAUGCCAAAUCCCAUGCAGAAUUCGUUGGGGUUUCAUGGGAGCCAGGCUGGCUUUAAUACCGGCCCACCGCAGACCUCGCCGCAGCUAGGAGGUGGCGGGGGCAUGCACAGCCUGGCCAAGUGGCACAUACCGCAAUCCGCUCAACAGUCGAACAUGUGUUCGCAGCAGGGUCCCCUUUUACCAUUUGCGAAUGGCCGCCAGACAUCGGAAAAUUUUAAAAUCUCAUUGAAAUCUCCAAAUACGCUCAAGAACAGCACCCCGCCCAGCCUGGGGGGCGGCGGUGCGGGUCAUCACCAGGGCCACGGUAACGGGUCCUCCUCCUCCAGUGCACAGUUGAACGCAGCCGCCCUAGGAUUGGGGCCAGCCGUCUCGAUACUUUCGAACGUCACCUCGACGAAUCCAAAGACCCCCAGUCCCAGUACCCAUGAGAACACCAAGGACUUCACCGAACCCAUUGAUAAGGUGCGCGACGAUUCGAUCAACGAUCUAAUUGCCACCAUAGCCAAGCUGGACUCGAAUGGGGUGCAGGUGUUACCAGAGGGUCGCACCAAGACCACUUCGCCGCAGGUCCACAGCUCUACGGAUCUGUCCAACACGCAGGAAGUUAAUAAUAAAAACGAACAAAAAGAUGAUCCCAACGAGGACUGGUGCGCCGUCUGCCUGGACGGAGGCGAGCUGAUGUGCUGCGACAAGUGUCCGAAGGUUUUCCACCAGAAUUGUCACAUACCCGCGAUUAGCUCGCUGCCGGACGAGAGCGAGAGCUGGCAGUGCCUGCUGUGCGUCAACCUUAAAGAACUGACCAAGACCGAGGGCGAGAAGACAUCACCGGGCGAGCUGAGCGCCCUGGAGCUUCGCAUUUUGCAGCGCAUUUGUCUGGAACUGUACUGCCAAUACGAGCAGAGUCUCAACUUCCGGGAGCCGGAGUCGCCGGCCAAUACAUCCUACUACGAGAUUGUGUCCAACCCGAUGUCGCUGGAUGUAAUUCGUACCCGUCUGGAUCCCUCCAGUCCCAACCACUACAAGGACAUUGCCGGCUUUGUGUCCGACGUGCGUUUGAUUUUCUCCAAUACAUACCUUUUCUAUCAGGAGGACACAAAAACGUACUCCAAUGCCAAAUACUUGGAGAACUUCUUUGAGGAGCAGCUGGCCAAAUGGUUGCCGCAUUUCGAGGGCACCAAGCUAACAAACAAGCAAGUGGGAAAUUCCACCUCCAAUUCGCCGGCCCUGGCGGCCCAUGCAAAUGCGACUGGCACGCCGUCGCCCAUUGAGAAUGGUCGCAAGAGCUGCGGCUCAGCAUCGCUGGGCGGUGACAGUGAUGGAGCCUGCUUGCCGGCGAAGCGACCGCGUAGAACGCUUGAAUAGAACGAACUGAUGCCCGGCGAAAGAGGCGCAAGCGGCGGUGGAGAGCAGCCGGGGUCGGAAGAGCAACAUCGCCAGGAGGAGCAGCUGCCUGGAAUUUUGGAGGAGUUAGAUUUUGAGAGGCCGCAGCGUCCGCACAGCCUAGGCAGCAAUGUUAUCCAGGAGAGCGCCGACUAUGUACUCCAGCUUUUGCACGCUUACGCCGCCGCCUUUGGACUGUAAAUGACACGUCGACUUCCAUCCACUUAAAAACUACAUAUCCAAAUUCUACUCCUUUGCUUCCUUCUCCGUGGUGAGUGUAGUGAGAGUUCGAGCCACGUAAGCUUCUCCCAAAAAGGCUAUAAGGCUAUAGCUCCACCCAAGCAGCGGUGUGUCCUCUGAGAAUCGCACUUGUAAAUAUUAAAGCCAAGCAGCAAGUCAUUUGAUAUGAUUUUAUUUUUACGUACAAUGGAGUAAACUACUGAGUCCCCACUUCGGAACGAGAUAUGUUUAGGCUAAACUCUAAGUGUUGAAUAUCCAUAAACAUUGAUAUAAAUAUAUGAAUAACUAUAAUGUAUACCUUUGAGAGUAGAGAGAACCAGUAGAGAUUAAAUCUAGCCUGUAAGUGUUCGAGUUCGAGUGAAAUGGUCGCAUCUUUAUUUCAUUGAUUAGUAUUUGGGAUAGAGCCCUGUUCUGACCCCCAUUUGCCUCUGUUGGAGUUGUAUUUACUUUUGUGAUAGCGAAAAACAAUAAGAUGAUCAAAUUAACAACUAUUCAUUAAUAUUAUAAUUACUACCAUUAGACCGCAUACACUGUGACGCGCAGAUCUACAUUUAUUUCGAAUUUCGACAAUUACGAUAUAUGUAUUUAUUGACCGCAAAUCAUCCCUGUCCCCAUCCCCAGAACAGCAUACAUUCGUAUACCAAUUAAGAAGACACUUGACAUAAGUUAGUAGCUGCAUUCUAUGAUCGUCGUAGGUUCCGCAGAUGAAUCAAAGCCCUAAAAGUUACGGAUAAGCAUGAAAAAUAAUGCAUAAAUGUUUGAAUGUUGUACGUUUGACGUUAUGGCAUACAGCAUAGGCGUAGGCAGAUGUACAUAUUGAUCAAUACAUGUAGUAUACAUAAUUACGAAACAUAUAUAUGCUAAUGUCGUGGAGAUCAGAACUAAAGUAAAACCAAAUCCGCGCUAUGAUCGAUAUUUUCAUACAUGUUUUCAACGCAACAGAAUCCACACACACUGGACAACUACUACUACGAAAUAUAUAACUAAACUAGAUGGUAAACCGAACGGCUACUACUCCUAACGAUGCCACAAUAGCGACGAUAAGCGGGAAAACAUAUUAAUGAAAUUAUAAACAUAGUGACGCAUAAGUGUUUCUACAAUGUAUAUGUGCUAUCCUAACGAAGAGAUACAUAGAGCUAAAGGCGAUUUAAGGCGAGCAAAGGUAGAUCGAUCAGAUCAUGCAUAGCAUCUGCGCAUGCUUGUGUGUGUUAAAUGUGAAACUAUGGAAAUUAUUUUAUCUGUUUUAGGCGUAAGUUUUACGAUAACUAAAGAUUAACCACUGUAUAUUGAUGUACUACUUACUAUCUCGAGUGGAAUAUGAAAAACCAAUAAAAACAAAUGGCAACAACCUUCAA